GAGCAAUGGAUGACUUUAUAAUGACAAUUGAGGACGACGCGGAGAUAGCAUACAACGAAGAGGAGAAUGAGGAGAAUGAUAGCAAUGAUUCCUUUAUAAUGAUAGUUGAGGACGACACGGGGAUAACACAUAACGAAGAGGAGAAUGAGGAAAAUGAUAGUAGCGAUGACUUUAAAACGACAACUGAGGAUGACAUGGGGAUAACAUACAACGAAGAGGAGAAUGAGAAUGAUAGUAGCGAUUACUUUAUAACGACAACUGAGGACGACAUGGGGAUAACAUACAACGAAGAGGAGAAUGAGGAAAAUGAUAGUAGUGAAGACGAAUAUGAAAAACAGAGGAAAAAAGAAUAUUUUGCGGAUGAGUCUGAGAUGAUUCAUUAUGACAAUUCAGAAUCAUUCCAAACAAUGAAUCUUUCUCGACCUAUUCUUAAAGGACUUAAUCAAUUGGGAUUUAUACAACCUACCCCAAUUCAAAGACAAACAAUUCCUAUAGCUCUUAUGGGUAGAGACAUUUGUGGUGGUGCUAUUACCGGUUCUGGAAAAACUGCUGCAUUCCUGGUUCCUGUCAUAGAGCGCUUAUUAUACAGACCAAGAAAGACACCUUCUAUGCGAGUGCUUAUCUUAGCCCCAACUCGCGAGCUGGCUAUUCAAUGCCAUAGUGUCGCAACUAAAUUGGCAUCAUUCACUGACAUAACACUUUGCCUGUGCAUUGGAGGAUUAAAUCUCAAAAAACAAGAAAGUGAACUUCGCGCACGCCCUGAUAUCAUUAUUGCAACUCCAGGGCGAUUGAUCGAUCAUGUGCGAAAUUCACCUUCUUUUAGUCUAGACACUAUUGAAAUUUUGAUAAUUGAUGAAGCCGAUCGGAUGUUGGAAGAUGGCUUCUCCGCCGAAUUAAAUGAGAUUGUAAAGAGUUGUCCAAAAUCAAGGCAGACAAUGCUUUUCUCUGCCACCAUGACAGAUAACGUUGAUGAAUUAAUUCGCCUUUCAUUGAAUCGACCAGUACGAUUAAUGGUCGACUCAACAAAGGCAACUGCAGUAAAGCUCAUACAGGAAUUUGUUCGUAUAAGAGAACAUCGUGAGGAAGAUCGACCUUCUAUGUUAGUUGCAUUAUGUAAAAAGGCAUUCCGUCGUAAAGUUAUAAUUUUCUUCAAAAAUAAAGUUACCGCUCAUGAAAUGAAGAUAAUUUUUGGUCUUUUGGGUUUGAAAGCUGCAGAAUUACAUGGAAACUUGUCACAAGAGCAACGCAUAGAGGCUCUUGAGGCUUUCCGAGAUGGAAAAGUAGACUUUCUCUUAGCUACCAAUUUGGCAUCGCGAGGUUUGGACAUCAAAGGCAUUGAAACUGUUAUCAAUUACAAUAUGCCACAAAAUUACGAGCAUUAUAUACAUCGUGUCGGCCGAACAGCUCGUGCAGGACGUGGCGGACGAUCAGUAACUUUCACAGGAGAAGCAGAUCGCAAGAUUUUAAAGAUGAUAAUUAAACAUGCAACUAAUGGUCAAAUUAGAAGGCGUACUAUUGAUGCAGAAAUUGUUUCAAAAUAUCGCGAAAAGCUUGAUCAAUUAAAAAAUAAAAUUAAAGAAGUCAUUGAAGAAGAAAAAGAAGCAAAAGCUAUGCGGCUUGCGGAAAUGGAAAUACAAAAGAAUAAAAAUCUUUUGGAGCAUGAAAAGGAGAUAUUUAGUAAGCCUGCUCGGACUUGGUUUCAGUCUAAACAAGCGAAGCAAAAAUCUAAACUUGCUGCAAAAGAACAAUCUAAUAGUAAUGUCAAAACUUCAGAGACAAACAAAAAGCGAAAACGAGAAAAAAUUAUAAAAUUAAAGUCAAAGCGUGACAAAUGUGCUAAAAAAUCAAAGUCAAAACGCUAG